AUGAAAGGUCCCAAAACCAAGAACUCGCACACUUUCGAGGGUUGCAAGACGUGCAGGAGGCGUCAUUUGAAGUGCGAUCAGACAUUGCCGAGGUGUAAAAGAUGUAAGCUGGCUGGACUUUCCUGUGACUUUAGGCCGGCUCUGCGGUGGUUUGUCAGUACGGGACCAGACGCAGGCAGUGCAUCUGCCCAGAACGCAGAUGAGAACAAUGGACAAUUCUCAAGACGACACCUAUUCAGUGAAUCGUCAAGGAAGUCGAUGAGCUCCGCCAUGGUGGCCGAUAUGCCGUCGACAAUUACGUCGGCACUCAAUAAAAUCGACGAGAAAGCAAGGAAUACGGAAUCACACGCCGAGGAAGUUGCUGUGGGACCUUUUGGGGUGUUCUCGUUCUCGUCAGUUCAAGAGGGCGCUCCCAGUGUCGAAAACACAGCAAUGACAUCCCCGACGGCAACCACAUGCAGAUCAGCAUCAAUCGCAGAAGCUUCAUUUGUGUCCCCCAUUACUACCAUGUCUUCUUCUAUGCCCACUUACUGUGAUGAGACGGAACCCCAAAUGGAUACAGGCGACGUUGCCUCGGUCAACAAUGCAGACUCGGUGGACGAUAGCGCUGGCAUGUCUAAUGCGUUGGACGAGCUCUUCUCGACAUCACUGGACUUCUUGCAAUGGGGAGACCUGUUCACGUGGGACACCGAAGUGGUAGGACUUGAGUCAGGCCCUUUGCCCAUGAGCAGUAUUGAAAGCCAUGAAUUGGCUGACCACCCAUCGGGAGUGUGGAGUACUGGAAACACCGGAGAUCUUCAUGGUCACAGCGGGAAUGCCGUUCCUGAUGGAACUGACGCGGAUCUGGAAGGCAUGGCUUGGCCCGAGGUAGACUGGGUCGUCGACGCUCCAGCGCUGCUCAAACACUUCAAUGAAGAGGUCAUCAACCAGAUGGGUUCGCUACCGAUCAACGAAAAGUCCGGUUGGAGAAUUCUCAACGUACCCUCCGCCAUUCUCACUCUGAGCCACAUUACCAUGUUUGGCGUGGAUAAAAAGGAAAUCAGGCACGCGAGUCUGGCAAAUCUUUAUGGCCUACUCGCCGUGUCAGCGUUCCAUCUGUCCCUCAAUCCCGGUGCCUUUCCGGCGUUAAUCAGACCUGGGGACUACUGGCACUUCCUUUCGGACCGGACAUAUGAGGCCGCCAAGAUACACCUGAAAAUCAGUCUUGAGAGCGAAAUCGGUCGAAAUUCUCCCAGUAAGGCCAAGUAUAAGGAGCAGCUCAUGGCCGUAGGAGCAGUACUAGCGAGCGCCUUAUUGUCCGGCAAUGAGGCCGAGUCGCACAAAUAUCUCGUGGAGAUGGAACGAUUGAUCCGAGUCAGAGGCUUAACCAAGCCAAAGCUCUCCCGCCGGGCCCGCCUGUUUCACAACAUCUAUGCUUGGAUGAGGAUUGUCUCUGAGAGUACGAAGGUGCUCCACGACGAAAGCCAGAUCACACUCAAGCCGCUGAAACUGGCCAGUACGGGACUGAACACACCGGACGACAACGAUUCGGGAACAUCGAGGUCUCGACAAGCAGGCUCUUUACACAAUAUCAAUCCCGAUAGCACUCUGGAUAGCUUCCUACACUUGGAGCAGUUUCAGUUACAGUCCGAUUCAGACAGCCGCGGUCGUCGACAUGACGAUACCCGAGACAUACACCUAGUCAGCUCACUCAACUGUCGUGAGGACAUGCACAUGCGGAUAUACGGCGUUCCAGAAACCUGGCUUCGGCUUGUGUCGCAGGUCACCCGGCUGGCCAAUGUCAUGGAUAGGCUGUCACCGUCUCAGGGUAAAUCAGAUGCGGAGACCUUGGCAUCGCUGCAGCCCAAGGCAGCAUAUCUUGAGGAAGCUGUGUGCUCCUUCAAAGCUCGGUAUCAAUCUGCAGCUCAGACAGAGUCCAAUCAAAGCCGGCCUCACAUCCACAUGGCACGCGCUCUCAGCGCGGCCCUAGUGAUUUUCUUCUAUCGACGGAUCCGGAACAUUCAUCCGAUGAUGCUCCAAGACAGCGUGAAUCAGGUGAUGGACUCCCUGCACAGGUUUGAUGAGGCUUUGCAAAAGCAUGGAUUGGUCGGACCCGGAACUGCUUGGCCGGCUUUCAUCGCCGGGGCAGAAGCGACAGGGGCUGAGCACCGCAAGAAUUUCGAGGCUUGGCUUAGUAGAGCGAAUGGGAAGUCUGGAUGGAAGGGCUACGGUGUUUCUAAGGAUGUAUUGAAAGAGGUCUGGAGGCAGCGGGAUGCGGCUGGAGGCGUGAGAGGAUCACCGACAUGGGUCGAUGUUUGCAGGCAGAUGCGCCGAUGGCCACUUCUGUGCUGA